AUGCUUGAAGACUGGAUUUAUCAAUACCUUCCAGCCACUUUUUGCGUCUUGGCUUUCCUGGUUAACCCGUUUUUCAUUUACUUAAUAUUCACAGAAGAUCCUACUAAGUUUGGAAACUAUCGAUAUCUUUUGCUAAGUUUCUCGAUUUUCAAUAUGGUUUAUUCGAUAUUGAAUGUGUUGGUUCCAAUUGACAUACAUACAUAUAGCUAUUGUAUGUUCCUUAUCAUAAAACGUGGAUGGUUUGUGGAGCGGUCUGACUUACACUUUCAUCUUCUCCUUAUCCGUUGCUCUAUGCUAGGUGGCAGCUACGGAAUCCUCUUAAUUCAUUUCAUAUAUCGAUAUCUAGUGAUUCAUAAUUCCAGUCUAACGAAAAAAUACUUUUACAUCUAUAUGCUAGGUUCAUUUAUUACAUUUGCUUUUUACUAUUUCUAUUGGUAUGCAACAUGCUAUUUCUUGGGCCAAGCGGGUCCUGAAAUGAAACAGUAUGUCAGUGAAGAUUUUGCAAUAGUAUAUGGAGAAAAUUCAACAAAUUUCAAUAUGGUUGGAGUAAUUUAUCACAAGGGCGUGGCAUAUAUAACCAAAGUUCGAUCAUGGCUAACAGUUUUCCUGUGCUCUUUUUUGUCAGUUGCAUCAAUUAUUGCAUUUGUUUUCUUUGCACGUUUGGUAAUGAAAAAAUUAAAUCAAGCUUCCACAAGCAUCAAAACUUCAACAUUUCAAUUCGAACUCCUACGGGCACUAAUUGUGCAGACUCUCAUCCCAAUUGUCAUCAGCUUUUCGCCAUGUCUCCUCUGUUGGUACAGUCCUAUUUUUGGAAUACAGUUUGCGAGAGGGUUCAACUACUUCGAAGUCAGUGCUCUUUCAGUUUUUUCGUUUGUGGACCCAGUUGCAAUUAUCCUUUGUCUUCCAAUUUUCCGUGUAAGAGUUCUGAAGCUCUGGAAACCAGUUUCAUCAAUUACAGGUGGACCUGUAAAUCCCACUACUAUACAUGUGUCAAAUACCGGGAAUAAUUUUUUUAAACAAUAA